AUGCCACGAAAGGUUGGAAAUAUUCUUCUUAAUGUCGAUGGUUAUUAUUUUCAAGUUGAUCGAUAUUUACUUGCAUCUCAAAGUAUUUAUUUUCGAAUUCUUUUUCGAGGUAUAACAAAACGAGAUAAAUAUGGUGCAAUAAUUUUAUCUGGAAAUGCUGAACGAUUUAGUUUAAUAAUUGAUUAUUUAACUGGUGAACGUCAAUUAUCAAUGGAUGAAAUUGAAUCAAUUAUAAAUGAUGGUGCAUCAAUUUAUCUUAUACCAUCAUUAAUUUAUUUAUCUCAAUUAAAAACUGAAUAUGAAGCAAAAGAUAAACGACGAAUUGAAGAAGUUAAACGAUCACUUAUGAAAAUGGCUAAAUUAAAAAAAGAACUGAAUAAUUUAGAAGUCUAUAUUGAGAAUCUACGAAAGAAAACUAAUCCUAAUUGA